CAUUUCUCCUCCUAACUCACCCCUCUCUAUCUCUACCUCCUGAGUCUAUCAGCAUGCCUCGCGCCGACUUCUUGCGGGACGCUAGACAGGCCUCUCAUCCUCAGUUGACUGGCUUCGAGCUUCGGCAAGAUGACACCUUCACUUUCACCUACAGUGAUCCAACUGGUCAUCAAAGUUGUAUCCAACUCCUCAUUCCAGAUCUAUCCGCAUACCCGACUCAGCAUGAGUACUUGAUCUGGGGCGACGAAGGUAUCUCCGAUCCUGUUGCCCAGACAAUUCAGUCUAUUGGCUCUAAAUACAAUGGCCGGCCUCUGAACGCACUUCUCCAAGGCUUCUUGGACCGCUUAACUGGUCAAAGCGACGACAAUACUAUGGAUGCCAGCUCGGAGGGUGAGGGUUAUGACUUGGACACCGACGGUGAGAUGGAAUUGGACACGGACCACGGUCCCGACUGGGACGAGGUCCAUGAGCGCCUGCGAAAAGACCUUCAGGCUGCGAAACAUUCCGGAAUCAAAGUUGGAGUUCUGGGCGACAUGCAAGGCCGCGUCAUCGUAGUCACCUCUUGUCGUGUUGCUCGGCUGAACAUCUCCAACGAUGCGCUUCAAUUGUGGAAUGUCUCCCCCUCCGACUAUUUGGUUCUCCUCAUCAAAUACCCUUACAAGUACUACAGCUUGGACGAUAAGGCUCGAUCUAAUCCGUUGCAGAAGCCGCAAAUGUACGUCGGUCUUUGCGACUCGUAUAAGCCCACGCUGGCGUCCACCCUGAAAGCUCUCCAUCCCCCCGGACAAGAACUGAAGGACACGAGCGGUACGAUUCCAGAUCCCACAGCAGAUCCUGCUCUCGGGCGAUUGAGAUCCUCAUUUGUGACGGAAAUGCUUACGGAUCUAUUUAACGAACGGCUGCUGGACCUCAUCCAGCUUAGAAUCGAUCACGGCUACUCCUGGACAGGGGCCGAGCACUACUAUGACACUCAACAAGGCACAAAACCCGGCAUGGAAGAUGAUAGAGACCCGAAGUAUUUUGUGGAAGAGGCCUGGAGUACCUGGAUUCCCGGUUUUGUUCAAAAAGAUGACCUCCGAUGCAUUCGGGACGAAAAGAGGCUGUCCUUACCCCGCAUUGCGAUGCAAUAUGCGCUCCGGCGCUUCACCCGUGCCAGCGAAUUCUGUCUAGUAUGUUACUGCAAGACCGCUGCCAGCUUCCAGGCACUGAACCCGUACGUUUGCUCGAAGCGGCUCUGUCUGUUCCAAUAUCUAGAAUGUGGCAAGGGACCGAAGCUGGAGUGGCAGAUUGUGCAUCAUCCUGAGGUCGUGGAUCUACUCGUGUCCUUCGCCUACCGGCGUGCCAAGGCAAAAUCGCUGACUGACUGUCUCGACCUUCCUCUUAAAGUCCCCAAUCCGAAUCUGAAUUCGAAACAGGCUGUUCAGGCAAAACUGGUUGGUGACACGCUCGUUCCGCAGGGACGACUCGAGUUAAAGGUCGGCGAGUGGAUUGUUCUUACAAGGAAGGUGAGAAACCAAAACGAAAUAAUCACUCCAAUUCAUUAUUGUGUUCGCAUGCACAACGAUGAUGGUUCCUACACUCUCUCAGGGCCUAUCUACGAGGGCAAGGAUAAUCCGGAGCCCACAAAGUCCGGAUCUCCAAGCGUGAUGGUUACGCUGUACAACAAAGACUUCGAUAACUUGACACUGGAGGAAAAGCAGGUGAUGCUCGUGAGGUUACUCGAUACGCUCCCGGGAGUCGCCUCGAUGGUCGAGUUCAUCAAAGGCAGUUCUAGCCAUCGGACUCUCGACGCGUGGGAAGAACGCAUCUCCCCCGCCGCACUGUACCUUUUGCGAUGGAUCGUUUCGUCAAAUCGAUCCUGCAUCAUUUAUGACAAAGACCCAGAGCACAAGGUUGCAGGCAUGGAGGGUCACAUGCAGUUUCGACUCGCUCAAGGGACCCCAGACAAGGAGCAGGAAUUCGUGGAGGCGAUUGAGCGAGAGCUCCAAGCGUCGAAGAAGCAAUAUCCCACUCUCUUUGCUUGGCAUGGAUCCCCAGUCAGCAGCUGGCAUAGUAUCCUUCGACGGGGCCUACAUUUCGAGCAAUGUCGCAAUGGGAGAAGUUUUGGGGAUGGGGUGUAUCUAGCCCGGGACUUCCGGCUCUCUGAUGGCUACUCUAUAAGGGAUCGCGCCGAGGGGUCCUGGCCGUCGAGUAAGCUAGGGAUUACGAUGGCAAUCUCAUUGAACGAGGUUGUCAACUGCCCAGAGCAGUUCAAGUGCACAUCGCCGUAUGUGGUGCAGGAGAUAUCAUGGAUCAUGCCUCGGUACCUUUUUGUGAAAUGCUCCAGGCCCGCGGCGGGUACUAGCAGCCGCAAGAUUCUACAAGACGUCUAUGUGCAGGAUCCCAAGCGAACAGCUCUCGGUCAGAAUGACGUACCAGUCAGAAUGACGUACCAGUCACAAUUCCUCUAUCCGGGAACCUCAGUCGGUGGUGAUGGUGGUGGUGGUCGCAGAUUGGACGCUGGCUAUGAGAGCGACGCGACCCUCGAUGAGGAUCGCCGCCUGCUCGAAGAAAAUGACGAUGACAGUGACUGCGUGAUCCUCGACCCCUUGGCGGUGAAGAUGCUGCGCGUGUUAAGAUCCGCCAACAUCAAGCUAUUGCCCCCUCCUACCGACGCCACCUCGCAGGCCACCACAAGACUGAUGCGGGAGUUGGGAGCCACCGCAGCGCUCCAGGCGCGCGACUCCUUGGCUGAGCUCGGUUGGUACAUCGAUCCCGAACGGGUUGACAAUCCGUACCAGUGGCUCGUGGCUCUGCACAGUUUCGAUCCCAGCCUACCGUUGGCACGGGACCUGGCCGCCACCGAGGACAAGUGCAUUCUCCUGGAAAUCCGGUUCCCGCCCUCAUUCCCGUACUCUCCCCCAUUCGUUCGCGUCGUCAGACCACGGUUUGUGCCGCUCGCGGCCGGCGGAGGGGGCCAUGUCACCGCCGGAGGCGCCAUCUGUAUGGACCUGCUCACCAGCUCCGGCUGGAAUCCGCUGUAUCGCAUGGAGAGCGUCCUGUUGCAGGUGCGGCUCCUCAUUUCAUCCAAGGACCCGUACCCGGCCCGCCUGGAUGCUCACCAGAAGCACGAUUACUCCUGGCGCGAGGCCGUCAACGCAUUCAUCAGGAUGUGUAGCAUUCACAACUGGAAGGUGCCGGAAGACUUUGGAAAGAUGCAAGCAGCAUAGUGAGACUGCGUUCCCCUUCUAUCUCGAACUAAGAUAGGGAGUCAGAGAGACGGUGGAUAGUGGUGGAUACUUGAGCCCGGCGAAGCAACACUGCAGACAUGCGCAUCCCUUUACGGUUUAUUGCCCAGACGGACACCAAGGCUACAUGUACAGUCCAGGACUCAAAUCCAUCCAACACAACCAC